AUGCCCUUGUCGGAGAUCGACUACAUUGACCUGCCCAAUGGGCGAACUAUCACCGUUUGCGCACAUCACCACCUUGUGACGUGCGGCAUGUGCUGCCUCGACUUCAGCGAUGACAAUGCCGACGUCCUGCACGGACAAGACUUCUUCUACCAAACCAUUGUUACUAACCCUCGCCCCGAAACGACCAUGGUGUUCCCUUCCAAGUUCAGCCAGCAGGGAAUGACGCCCCUCUCGCCCGAAGAGCUCUUCCCCGGCAUUAAUAUCGCCCUGCAGAGCAUCCUCUCUAAGCGCUUCAUCAACCGCUACAACGACUCCGAGUUUCUGAUCUACACGGACGGCGCCUGCUCCGACAACGGCGCCGCCGACGCCCGCGGAGGCUGCGCAUUUGUCUUCAAGCCUAACGGGCUCAACGGGCAGAGCGGCAGCUACCGUCACACCAGCAACCGCGCCGAGCUGCGCGCCGUCAUCGCGGCGCUGCGCUUUCGCGCUUGGCACGACGAGGGCUUCCGAAGCGUCGUCAUCGCCACGGACUCGAGCUACGUUGUCGACGGCGCCACGAGCUGGACACGCAACUGGGCCAGGAAUGACUGUCGGCUGUCUACCGGCGAUCUCGUCAAGAACCGCGACCUCUGGGAGGCGCUGCUCCUCGACGUCGAGGAGCUGCGCGACUGCGGCGUCAGCGUCCGCUUCUGGAAGAUCCCACGCCAGCAGAACACACUCGCUGACAGAGAGGCCAAGCGCGCGGCCUCCGCCAUGGAGUCGACGGAGAAGUUCCGCAACAUCAAAGGCAAUUUCGUGUAG